AUGACCGCCGAGGCACGAGCCGAGGAGGCGCGGCGGCCGAUGCCGCUGCUGCCAGAGGAGGCCGAUGUGGUCGAGGCCGUGCAGCAGGGGCGUGCGGACGUGUUUCUUGUGCCGUGGCUGACGCGUGUGCAGUGCCUGCUGGAGGAGGGCGAGGUGCGAGGCGUGGCGGCGCUCGUGGAUCGCCUCUUGAGUCUGUGUGGCGUUCGUCCGGGCACGCCGCCUUGGCAUCAGAUCGAGGUGGGACGCAGCGUGCGAUACCUCGUGGCGCGGUGCAUGGUGUUGGUGUAUAGAACGGAUGCGCCGAAGCCGCCUCUGUUUGAAGUGAUGGGUCUGCUGCGCGAUGUGUUCGCGGCCGAUAUACCGACGCCCGCGCAUGUGGCUGCGAUGCAUGUGUCUCGCGAGCUGGUGCGGGCGUUUCCGCCACACGUCGGAUCACAGAGCUCGGCGAUUCCUCCGUGUUUGCGCCUGAUCCGCCCCUCGUCGCACACCGUCGUGGUGCGGUUCUAUGCGCUGCGCUUGUUGGCGUGCUUGACGCCGCCACCUGCGAUGCUCAAAGACGUGCUCAAAGUGCUCAAGAGCGGCCUGUCUGAUAAGGCCGGCGCCGUCGUGCGCGGCUGCGCCGCGUGUCUCGAGGCGCUCGCGCCGACAUCCCGAGCGGAGAUCGAGGCGUGGCUCGCGCUCGUCGUCAAGUCCAUCCACGGCGUGGACGCCCAUACCCGAGCCUCGCUCGCGCGUCUCGCCGCCGUGCUGCUGUGCCAGACAGCGUCCUCUGCUGCGGCGGACGAGGGCAAGGACCCCGUCGUCCAGCCCGUGUAUGCGGUCUCUGAGCAGCUGCACCUCUUGUAUGGCCACCUGAGUCGCGCGUCGACGCAGGAAGCACGCACAGAGAUGCUUAGCAUGUACGAUGCGCUGUUGACGCGGCACGGCAGCGCGUGGCUCGAGCAGCACUUGGACGUCGUCUACACGCACCUCGUGCAGGAGAUCGCGACGCGCCUGCCGAACGGCGCCGAGUUGGUGCGCCGCCUCCUCGAUCCACAUUGGCCGGCCCUCUCUGAGCCGGCGCAGGAGCGCGCUGCCGCGUACUUGGGCACGCACGUCCUUGCGAUGUGGCCGCCGUCGACGCCGACGCAGCCCGUGCCGAGCGAGGCGGCGCUGUGCGUGACGCUCGACGCCACGGCUGUGCUGGUGGCGCAGCUGGGCGAGCUUUCUGCGACGCUGCAUGAGGCGCUGUACGAGGUGCAUAGGCGUCUUUUGACGCAUCCCGCGCUGGCCGUGCAAGUGCGCGCGGCGUGGUGGCUGAGUGUCGCGUGCAGCGUCGAGCCAUGGCUGUUGGCGCCGACGUACGCGGAGCUGCUCGGAUGUAUGCGCCGUGAUACCGAGGCUCUGAGCAAGCCGCAGCAUGAUCGCGGCGUGUCGUUGCGUGCGCGCCUCGUGGGGCACAGCGCGGCGCUCGCGGCGCUCGCGCGUGUAGCGGCGCAGCAUCCCCUGUACAUGCGGAAUGACGAUGUCGACGAGGUGUGUUUGCUCGCGAUGGAUCUACGGACGCGCUACAGCGAGACGCCAGCUGCGCCGCAUGCGUCGGCGGCGGUCGGGAGUGCGUGGAUGCUCGUGGGAUCGCUCAUGGCGCUGGGCCCCGAGUUUCUGCGCGCGCAAGUGCCGACGCUGCUGCACGCUUGGCGCCAGGCGUGGGCGGAUCGGCCGUGGCGUGAGAUGGACGAGGGUGCCUACCUCGUAACGGAGCGUCUCGGCGCGCUGAGCAGCAUGCACGCGUUCUUCUUGCAUGGCGGCCACGCGCUGCUGACGCCCGAGACGGCGCGGCGUCUCGUCGCGCUGCAAAGUCAAGCGCUGGCGUUUCUCGCGGCGUGGGAGCGCCGCGCGCCCGGCACGAGUGAGGCGUCCCUGCUGCGUGCGCGCAUGCUGCGGUGCUGUACGCAUCUCGCGCAGGCGCCUGCGAUGGAGACGCUGGCGCCCGCGUUGCUGCGUCUGUGCGUCGAGUGGCUGACGCGAGCCGAGUACGCAUCGCCAUCCGGCGCGGCGCCGCCAGUGCAUGCGCCGGGCGCGACGCCGUGGACCGUGCAGGAUGGCGUGGCGAUGGGCGUGACGAGUCUGUUGGCGCAGGACCGCGUCGCCCUGGACGCGUGGACGCCGAGCUUUGUGUCUGCGCAGUGCCAGGCAGGUCCGCGCGUCGGCACGCCCGUGUCGGGCGCGCUGGAGCAUGAUACGAUGGCGCUGUAUGCUCUGCCUGUGGAGCCGGAUGCAGGCUGGGGCCUCGUGCCGCGCGCGCCUGCGCCGAUGCCGGCGCAUGUCGCCGAGGUCGAUGCGGCCGCGGAGCUGUUCGCGGCGCUCUUCCCGUUUGCGUGCCGCGACGUGCAGAUCGGCGCGAGCGAGGGUCUGCAGGCCGCGCAGCGGCGCCCCGCACUGGACAAGCAGCCUGGGCGGCGGAUGGCCGUGAUGGCGAACAGCGUCGUCGCGCUGCUGGGCGCCGUGCGUACGGCUGCGCAGCCUGUGCAUCGCGCGUCGGGCUUUGCGAACGAGCGCAUCAAUGCGGCGAUCCGCGGCGUCGCGCAGACGGCGCUGCAGCAGGGACCUGCGGUGCUGCGCCGCGCCGCCGCGGAGCUGUACGGCUACCUGGCCAGCCUCGCGGGCUCCGUGUCGCUCUCGGCGCAGGUGGCCUGCAUGGUCGAGCAGAUCGGCGAUGCGCGGCAUGCGGACGCUCGCGCGGCGUGCGUCCUUGCGCUGGGCGAGAUGUAUGCGCGCCUCGGCGGCCUGCGCGCCGCGCCGCUGACCAAGAGCGUGCACACGCUCGCGCUGUCGCUCGCGCACGAUCCGCACCCGGCCGUGCACUGCUGUGCGCUCGAGGCGCUCGCGAGCGUCGCUGAGGCGGCUGGCGUGGCGUACGAGCCGUACGUCGAGAGCACUUUGCGCCUCAUGACGCGCCUGUGCGCGGCGGCGACGCACGAGCCGGAGGGCGGGAGUGUGGGCAGCAGCAAUCUGCGCGUACAUCUGCCGGCGUACCCGGGCGUCGCGCGCGUGCUGAGUGCGCUGGUGGGUGUGCUCGGCCCGGACUUGCAGGCGGCCGAAGCGACGCGGCACUGGCUGUACGCGCUCCUGCUGCACCUCGCGCACGACGGAGGCGACGCGGUGCCGGAGGCGAUCGUCGGCCUGCAGCGACUCGAGCUCGUCGUGCCGAGCAUGCUGGCGACGCGCGUGUGGGCCGACGUGCUGCGUGACGCCGUGCAGCAGCCUCGUCUCGCUCCGACGGCAGCGGGGGCGUACGGCCAAAUGGCGCAGCGCGGCUCGGCGUGGCUCGCGCGCUACGGCGGGCCGUCGCUGCUCGUGACGCUGCUGCGCCAGCUGGACGCGCACCCGCACCUCGAUGGGAUUCGCGCGCUGAUCCACGCCUGGCUCCGCGAUACCGCGCCGAUGCGCCCGUGUGCGUGGAUGGAUCUGUGCUGCACGGUGCUGCUGACGCCCGAGGCGCUGCGCACGCAGCGCGUCGCGGGCGCGGGCGGCGACGUCGACGAAGCGGCGAUGGCGCUCGCGCCCGACGACACCGAGACGCAGGCGCUGUCGGUGCGGUGGCGCACGCAGCGCUUUGUGCUGACGUGCAUGCACGACGUGCUGGCGUGUGUGCACACGCGCGCCGAGCAUGUGGGGCGCGGAAGCGAUGCGCGCGAUCGGCGCGUGCUGAGCAGCCGCGUGAGCGAUAUGCUGCGGGCGGCGUGCAGUGCGAGCACGGCGACGCACCGCGCCGUGCGGUCGCAGGGCCUACAGGUGCUGCGCGAUGUGCUCGAGUCGUUCGCCGAGACGCCGGAUCCGGACUUUGGCGAGGCGCGCCUGCUCGAGCAGUUCCAGGCGCAGCUCACGGCCGCGCUCACGGCCGCGUGGGGCGCCGACACGCCGCCGGACGUGCGUGCGGCGGCAAUCGCCGUGAGCGGCGUGUACCUGAGCGCGGGCAUCGAUGCGUCGCCGACGAGCCGCAUGGGGCGUCGGAUGGUAUCGGCGCUGGAGGGCGCGCCGAGCGCAGACGCGUCGCUCACGGCGCAGGCCGCCGCGUACGUGCACGUCGCGGUGAUCCGCGCGUGGGCGCGCAUGGCGCUCACGCCGGGCCUCGCGACGCUCGUGGCGCCGCAUGUCCCCACGCUCGCGCGGGCGUGGGUGCAUAUGCUCACGGCGUACGCGACGCUGCGCGCCGAUCGCACCGCGUCCGUCGCAAGUGCGUGGCUGAGCCCGGACAGUGCGCUCGCGCCGCUCGUGCAGGCGCACAUGCGCGGCACGCUCGCGCAGGCGUAUCCGACGCUGCUGCAGGCGCUCACGAGCGUGUUUGCAUCGCAUCCUGACGUCGUGCAGGCGGCGCUUGCGCAGGAUCUGGGCGAUGCGCGUCGGGCGUUCAUGGCGCUGUACGGCCUCGCGCUCGAGACGCUGUGGGAGGCGCUCGAUCGGCCUGCGGCGCCGAGCCUGCUCAGCGUCGUGCUGCGCUCGCUGCACGUGCUCGUCGAUGUGCGGUACAGCGGGUCGUUCCUGCUGCAGGACGCCCCGUUCGACGAGCUCGUGUGCGUGUGCCAGCGCGCCCUGCUGGGCACGGACACGGCCGUGCAGCGCGGCGUCGUGCAGCUGAUCCGCGCGAUGGUGCGCUCGAUGCGCGAGCGCCUGCUGCUGCACGACGACGGCACGGUGCAGGACAUGCCGUCGUCGAAGCUCGGCCGUCUGUGGCGCCUGCUCAGCCAUGUCAUGGAGCUGCUGCCGAGUCAGCCGACGCCGCGCACGGAGCGCGCGACGCUCCUGCAGAUGGUGUGGUGCACGCUCGCGGACAUGAUCGCGGUGGGCAGCGCGUCGCUGCAGCUCGAGCUCGUCGCCGUCUCGCUGCACAUGCUCGUCGCGUACGCGCGCCGCGAAGACGAGGCGGCGUGGAUGCUCACGCCCGCCCUGUCGGUGCUCCGCGAGAUCUGCGCGGCCGCGUGUGCGUCCGCGCACGCCGACGCGAAUCUCGCGCACCGCGCCGUGCAAGGCUUCCUCAGCGCGAUGAUCGAUAUGAGCGAUGCGCUGCGCGCGCGCUCCGGCGACAUGGUAUCGCGGCGCAGCGGCCAUGCCCUCGUGAGCGCAAGCCUCGUGCUCACGCAUCUCGACGCGUCCAUCACGAUCAGCAGCGAGGUGACGGAGCGCCUCGCCUUUCUUCUCGCGCAGAAACUCGACACGGACGACGACGCGCCCAUCGCGCUGCAGUGCCUCCGGUCCAUGGUGCACGCCCAGCCGCCGCGCCACUCGCUGCACCUGUGCCUGGGCGCGUGCCUCCCGUCGCUCGUCGCGCACGCGCUGCGGACGCACGCCGACGCCGCGCUCGAUGUCCUCGUCGCCCUCGUGCAUGCCAUGCCGCCCGACGCGGCCCUGCGCGUGUGCGUGCCCGUCGCCGUCACGUACCUCGAGCGCCCUGCGCCGUCGCCGCACGUCGUGCACGCGGUCGUCGAGCUCGCCCGCACGCACGCGGACGCCUUCCGCACCGCAACGCGCGCCCUCGACGACGACGCCCGCACACGCCUGCAGCAGACGUUCCGCACCGCCAUCGGCGCCCCCGCCGCGCCCACCGCCGCGCCCAGCGGCGAAGGACGCAUUGCGCUCCGCACGUUUGGCGCAGCGGAGUGGAGGUCCUCAUAG